AUGGACUCGGUCAAUUUGCGUCGCAAAGAUACCACAAAGGGUCCGCCUUUGCGGAUUCUUUCUCUCGAUGGCGGUGGUGUUCGCGGAUACUCCAUGCUCAUCAUCCUACAGGAACUCAUGUAUCGUACCUACGUCGAAUGCGAAGGCAAGCCCCCGCGCCGCGAUCAAAUUCCCAAACCAUGCGAUCAUUUCGACCUGAUUGUGGGUACCGGUACCGGUGGAUUGAUUGCCCUCAUGCUGGGACGUUUACGUCUCGACCUUGAAACCUGCAAAGAAGUCUACGUUCGCAUGACCCGCAAAGUGUUUGAAACCGAUAAGACCUUCGCUGGAAUCCCCUAUCGAUCUACAUUAUUCAAAGCCUCGAAGUUGGAAGAGGCUAUCAAGGAAUGCGUACGAGAACAUACUGUUUUUGAAGCGGAGGGCAACGACAUGCCGAACAAUUCAAAUGCUCGGGCUUCCAUCGCCAGUCUUCCAUACAGUCCGUCAUCAGUACCUCAGCGCUCAAUGAGCCGGGGAAGUUUCAGUACAUCUGGUGCAUCAUACUCUCAACAUCAAACGAACCAACGAGGUUCUGCUUUCCUCAAUGGGUUGCGCUGGGGUAACCCCGAAGCGACUCUCUACGAUAACCGAGAAAACCGGACCAAGACUGCUGUUACUGCGCUGUACAAGGGUACACCGCGCAACGGACCUUCGGUACUUUUGCGAUCCUAUGACUCCCGUCGAGAACCCCCGCCCGAGUUUGACUGCACGAUUUGGCAGGCGGGCCGUGCGACUGCAGCCACGGGGCUUGCCUUUAAACCUAUUCAGAUUGGGCAACACGUCUUCAUCGAUGAAGGACCGGGAACUUACAAUCCCGCACCGCAAGUUCUCGAUGAGGCAGUUGUUAAUGAGUGGCCUGGUCGGGACGUUGGUGUGUUUGUCAGUGUGGGAACAGGUCGUCGGCCUUCUGGUACCAAUACUCGGCAGCAUGAAUGGUGGGAGGGUUUCGUUGGAGAUGGACUGGGCACAUUUGCCGAGGCGCGACGACGAUUGAUCACCAAGAUUGAAGGCUGUGAGGAUAUCCAUUUGCAGAUGUUGCGAGAUGGUCUUGCCAAGCGCCAUGUCAGCACGGAUAAUUACUAUCGUCUGAACGUCGAGGUGGGUGUUGGCGAAUUUGGUAUGAACGAAUGGAACCGCUUGGCGGAUAUCAGUACGAACACGCGACGAUACUUGGCCAAAUCGGAGGUCAAGAAAAUGAUCCUGGACGCAGGUGUCAAGUUUGCCAAGAUUGACCGCAUGAACAAGCGCUUGGCAGAUCAUGCCGCGGCCGGUGGUGACCGCGAUGACAUGUCAUUUGAUCUCGAGCAGGAAGAGAUCUCCAUCUCACAGCCUGCUGCUCCAUUUACAGUGCCCCCGCCCUCAAAUGCAUUUGCUGUUGAGCUGCCCGCCGAGCCUGUCGAACACUUCUCUCAUCCCCCACAGGGAUCUCCGCCUCUGCCUUCGGGCUUAACAGUGACUGCACCUCCUGAUGACUCGCUUCCUAUGCAUCCAAGCCCGCAAGACGGGUAUCCUGUUUCUCCUACCCAUCAUUCAAGUGGAGAGUUUCAGAGCUUCCGCCCAAGUAAUGAAUACAGCCGACCACAGUCACAACAUUACGGCUCCCCACAGCAUAGCGCUGAGCAAAUCUCACACAACAAUGGCAUGCCACCACCAAUCCCACCCAAGACACCGAUUCCAUACCCAUCAACAGAGGAUUCAGGGGGAAUACCCAUGCCUGCUCCACUAUUCUCAGCACCCCAUCUGCCUCUGGGCGACCAUGGAAAGGUGCGACCGCCAUACCCUGAUGAUGAGCCUCCACCUACUGUGAACCGACAACGGAAGCCAAGUUACCAUGUGCGGUGA